UAUGACGUCCAAUUCAAAGAAUCUGGAACUCAGUACACCGAGAAAAUUAAGGUGGACACAGACAAGCAAACUGAAUUGUUUAAAGUUCCUGCUCAUAAUGACGUGGAUGGAAGUAAUAUAUUGCACGACUUCAAGGCGGUAAGUUUGUUUCUCUCUUACAGUAGAAGACACAGUUGCCGUAAAACAUUAGAGAACAAAAAAAAAAAAAGAAUGAGGAAGACAAUGGAAACAAUUGGCUGAUGUGCGGUGUUCUAUCGUGACGUGUACUACGAGGUGUCCUCUACACGAUGAAGCCGAAAGUUUUUCCUUUAUCAGUCAUUGCAGGUGUUAUCUUUCUAAAGUCCACUGGAAUCUUUGACAUUUUGAUCAAAUUCUAAAAUUCAGGCUCGGAUAACUUUGUGCGCUUGGUUUAAUUCAAUACCUUUAGGAACGUUCAAAUAGUAUGCCAUAUUACUCGAUAUUCACACACUUUGUCACAUUUGAGAAUGUCUUACGUCCUUGCUUGGACAUUCUCAAAGAAAACUUGUUUCUUGUUUGGCUUUAAUGUCACCAUUCUGUGACGGUUUGUUUAUCCGAAUAAUAAAUGAUUCAAGUAAAGUAAAGUGAAUUUGGUGUAGUUGUUUUGAAGCUCCCUCUGGAACAACAUAUGUAUCAUAAAAACGCUAAUUUGCAAACGCAACUUUAAUGGCAGAAUCGGAAAGAAGGGAAUUCACACCUUAAAGCUACGUAAAGUAUUUCCGCUUUCAGUGAUUGAAACUCACUUCUUUCUCGUCUGCUUUCAACACAGAAUAUUAGCAUGCUGAUGUUACCAGACAAAAAGAUCUGCUAUCUUCUUCCUCUUUCCCGCGAGUUGCCUUCGCCAAAGAGGCUCGAAAAUGACCUU